AUGGUCUCCGACAAUGGGCGAAAGCCGGCCCCUCUGGCCAUAGUCGGCAUGUCAUGCCGGCUGCCAGGCGGUAUCUCAACGUUGGAUGAAUUUUGGACCAUGUUGUCCCGGGCUCGCUCGGGUUGGGGAGAGAUCCCCAAAGACAGGUUCACGGCGGACGCCUACUAUCAUCCCAAUCCACAGAAGAAAGGCUGCUUCAACACCCUAGGAGGAUAUUUUCUGGAACAAGACCCCGCCAAAUUCGAUGCCCCAUUCUUCAACAUCACUCGCCAAGAGGCCACGUCCAUGGAUCCUCAGCAACGCAUGCUCCUCGAGUGCUCAUACGAGGCACUUGAAAACGCCGGUAUUCCCAAGGAUGCUAUUGCAGGCAGCAACAUGGGCGUCUUUGUCGGCGGCGUGCCGUCCGAUUAUCAGUUUGGCGCCUUCCGUGAUUUGCAUACGGUCCCCAUGUUCGACGUCACGGACACAGCGUGUUCGUCAGGCCUUUUCGCCCUGCACCAAGCGGUCCAGAGCAUCCGCGCCGGCGAGUGUGACUCCGCCAUUGUUGGUGCUUGCCAUUUGCAUCUACAACCGGACAGGUGGAUUACCAUGUCUAUGUCGGGCCUUUUCUCGGAACAAGGUAAGACAUACGCCUUCGACCACCGAGGCAAGUCCGGAUUUGCCCGUGGUGAAGGCGUAGGAUGUCUUAUCAUCAAGCCCCUCGACAAGGCCAUCAGAGACAACGACAACAUCAAAUCGAUUAUUGUCCACACGGGUGUCAAUCAAGACGGAAAGACAGUUGGUCUUUCGACGCCAAGCGGCGAGGCGCAAGAGCAGCUGAUCCGCGAUGUGUACGCCAAGGCCGACAUCAACCUGGAGGAUGUCGGUUUCGUCGAGGCCCACGGAACAGUCAAGACCAAUGUUGGGCAUCUCGAGAAUGCAAGUGGUAUCAUCUCUGUCAUCAAGGCGGCCAUGAUGCUCGAAAGGGGCUUCAUCCUGCCCAAUGUAAACUUUGAAAAGGCCAACGAGAAUAUCCCGCUAGAUGAGUGGAACUUGAAGGUUCCCACCUCUCUGAGGUCCUGGCCUGGACAUAAGAAGUAUAUCAGCAUCAACAAUUUCGGCUUUGGUGGCUCCAAUGCCCACUGCGUGUUGCAGCGGCCGGCUCUCGACUUCGACUCCGUCGUGCAAGAAAGGUCCGACGGGGUGCACAAACUCUUCGUUCUUUCAGGCCACAGCGAGGAGUCGGCUAAAGCCAGAGCGAAGCAAUUGGGUAUCUAUGCCGAGCAGCAUCCCGAAGUCUUUCAGAAACGUCUGGUUAGGGAUCUCGCAUAUACGCUUGGUGAGCGCCGGGCGCAUAUGCCCUGGCGGAUUGCCUUGACCGCCUCGUGCUGUAACGAGGUGGUCCAAGCCUUGAAUGACGUCGACACGAAGCCUAUCCGUUGCUCUAGGCCGCCUAAAAUAGCGUUUGUCUUCACGGGACAGGGAGCUCAGUGGUAUGCCAUGGGUCGAGAACUCAUGGAUUCACAUCCAGUGUUCGCCGACACCAUGCGCGCCGCCGACGACUGUCUCCGGCGGCUCGGUGCCGACUUCUCGCUCCUCGAGGAGCUCGGCAAGGAGAAAGAACAUACACAAGUCAACAAGGCCCAUCUGAGCCAGCCAGCCUGUACCGCCAUCCAACUGGGUCUUGUACGACUGUUCUCUUCAUGGGGCAUCGAGCCUGAGGCAGUCGUUGGCCAUUCAAGCGGAGAGAUUGGCGCCGCUUUCGCCGCCGGUGUAAUCUCCCUCGACGCCGCCAUGACCACCGCCUACCAAAGAGGCCAGGUCACUCUCAAGAUGAAAGCCGAGCACCCCGAGCUCUGCGGAUCCAUGCUUGCCGUGGGUGCAAGCCCGGCAGAGGUGCGAAAGAUGAUUAAGACGAUAUCUCUGCAGGGUGCUGCUGUCGCGUGCGAGAACUCUCCUGGCUCCACCACGGUGUCGGGCAACGUCGAUGCGAUCGAACAGCUGGCGGCCGAGCUAGAAAGCCGUAAGAUCUUUAGCCGCAAGCUGCUUGUCGAUGUUGCGUACCACUCCUCCCAUAUGGAGAUGGUCGCCAAAGAUUAUCACCGAGCCAUUGAGGGAGUUACGGCGAGCGACGGCAGCAAAGUUGCUUUCUUCUCCUCGCUCCAUGGAAAAGCUCUCGAGAGGUCAUCCAUGCUUUGCGCAGAGUACUGGACCGACAAUCUGGUCAAGCCCGUCCUGUUUUCACCGGCACUGGAGGCUCUCUGCGCUGAAGCGAAGCCAUCUGUCUUGGUUGAGAUAGGUCCUCACGCGGCUCUCGAGGGCCCAAUCAAGCAGAUUCUCAGGGAGAUGGGCCAGCAGGCAACCAGCAUCAAGUAUUGCCCAAGCCUGGUGCGGAAUCAGAACGCCACUACAGCUGCCCUUAAGACGGCCGGCGAACAUGACUUGCCCAAGCUCGUUGACGACUUUGCCCCCUACCCUUGGACGCACGAGCGAUACUGGAUCGAGCCGCGCCAGAGUCUGGAAACGCGCAUCAAGCCCUUUGGUAGACACGAUAUUCUUGGGCUGCUUACUACUGGCUCGACUGACCAUGAACACACCUGGCGAAAUGUGAUUACUACGGACGAUAUCCCCUGGCUAAGGGAGCACAAGAUGCAAACCCUUACAACGUUUCCUCUUGCCGGCUACCUGUCUAUGGCCGUCGAAGCUGCGGCCCAGCGUGCAUCGCUUCGUCGCAUCCCGUUUGAGCGGUUCUGCAUGAGAGAAGUCCAGGCGACUGCGGCCCUGAUUAUGAACGAUGGCGACGAAUAUGAGAUGACAGUGACCCUGCGCCGGUACGCCGAAGGCACUCGCUCGUAUUCCAACGAAUGGGAUGAGUUCCAAAUCUCGUCCUGGGCACCGGGAAGGGGCUGGAUCGAACAUUGCCGCGGCCUAAUUGCCGCCGAGAGCGGCAAACGCCGGCGUCGGGCCACGGAGCGUUGCAACGACGCCGUGACCCUGGGUUCGUUUUAUGCCGAACUCGACAGCAAGGGGGCGAGCUAUGGUCCCUUAUUCCAGAUCAAGGAUAAGACGGGUAUACAGUGCUGCGAUGAGUACUCGCAUUCCGAUGUCGCAGUUCCGAACACCGCCACGACCAUGCCCUACGACCACGAGACGCCUUACGUCUUACCACCUGCCCUGUUGGACUUGUUUUUCCAGCAUUCCUUUGCCAUUCUCGGAGCUGGUCGCCAUGGCAUGCCCAGCCUCUACAUGCCCAACGCAAUCAAGCACCUUGAAUUCAGUAAAGAGCUACCUAACAAGGUUGGCGACGUAUUACACGUCGUUUGCGAGGGCCACCCGAACACAAGGCACGUGAUGCCGGUCGACUUCUCCAUUGACGCCUGGCAGUCGCAGAGCUCGGCUCAGCCGAUUCUCAGCAUACGCGGCUUCACCAUGACGCCGGUUCGUGAUGAGAGCGUUGAGGAGGCGGUGCCGCCAUCGGUUUGCUACAAGCUCCAGUGGGAGGAUCUCGGCAGAGUCCAGAAGGCUCAGGCGAACAGUAGCAGCCAGAAUGGCCAUAACCACGAAAUAAAUAGUGUCGAUGGACAUGCUAACGGCUCUAAUGGCGUCAAGGGACAUGUCAACGGUGUUAACGGCGCAAACGGGCAUGCCAACGGCGUCAACGGUCACGCGAAUGGCAGCAGCGCUUUGGAGGCAGACUUCACGGCACCCGUUGUCAUCGUCUCGGAUAAGACCGAGAAUGAUCCCAUGGUCCGAUCACUCAUGGACCUUCUCCUCUUGAAAACAGGAGCGUCUCCUACCGUUUGUGCCCUUGACAAGCUCGUGGCUUCGGACAAGAUUUGCAUCGCCCUCUACGAGCUCGACAGUCCAUUCAUUGCCGGCAUCAACGCCAAGGAUUUCGACAGGCUGCAACGCCUUAUCCUGACGGCUUCUGCAGUGCUUUGGGUCGGAAGUGGCACCUCAAAAAAUGCCUUGCACCCAGACAAGGCUCUGUCGCAAGGCCUGCUUCGCACUGUUCGAUCAGAGACAGGCAAGCUGGCAGCGACUCUUGACCUUGAUCCUGCUUCUCAGCUGGACAACAGCGCUCGCUGCGAGCUCAUUAUCCAGGCUCUCAAGAAGGUUAUAGAGUCGGAGCACGAGGACGGGCCCAGCGACUUCGAGUUUGCCGAGGAACAGGGCAAGCUGGCCGUCCCUCGCGUAGUCGAGGACCCUGACAUGAACCAGCUCAUCCACCGUCAGACACAGCCUUCAGGGCCAUAUCUCCAGCCGUUUGAGCAAGAGAACCGCCGCCUGGAGAUUGCCAUUGGGACCUAUGGUGCACUUGAUUCGCUUUACUUCCCCACCGGCAUGAACUUCAAGGAUGUUGUCAUCACCAUGGGACAGGUUGGCAGUCCCUAUCUGGGUGUCGAGUGCAGCGGCACCGUCGCUAGGGUUGGCGCCAAGGUGACGUCCCUCUCUGUCGGUGCCCGAGUCUGCGCCAUGUCGCGUGGCGCCUACGGGACCUACACGAGAUGCAAAGCUACUAGCGCUGCCGAAAUGCCGCAGCACAUGACUAUGGAGGAAGGCGCCUCGAUUCCCGUCGUCUAUAGCACAGCCUACUACGGCCUCGUUGACAUUGCUCACCUAGAAUCUGGCGAAAAGAUUCUCAUCCAUGCCGCCUCUGGUGGCGUCGGUCAAGCAGCUAUCCAGCUAGCGCAGAUGAUCGGGGCUGAGAUUUUUGCAACAGUUGGAAGCCCUAACAAGAAGCAACUCAUUAUGGAGAAGUAUGGGGUCCCGGAAGACCACAUCUUCUACAGCCGCGACUCAACGUUUGGGGCCGCCAUCCGCGAAGCAACUGGUGGGGAGGGUGUUAAUGUGGUUAUCAACUCCUUGGCCGGCGAGCUCCUAAGGGAGUCAUGGGAAUCCUUGGCACACUUUGGUCGCUUUAUUGAAAUCGGCAAGCGAGACAUCACCUCUAACACCAGAUUGGACAUGGGCCAAUUUGAGCACAACGUCACCUUUAGCUCGGUCGAUCUGACGCUUGUUGCUGCCGAACGACCCCAGGUAAUGGGCCGCGUUCUCAACGCCGUCAUGAAACUACUCGGUAGCAAGCAAAUAUCCGCCAUUGAACCAAUCACCGUCUUGGGCAUCUCGGGGAUUGAGUCCGCCAUGCGCACCCUGCAGAGUGGCAAGUCCACCGGAAAGAUAAUUAUUGCCCCUCGUGUUGGAGAACAGGUCAAGGUUACUCAUCGCCGGGCUUCCGGGUUCUUAAAGCAGAAUGCGACGUACAUCAUCAUUGGCGGCACCGGUGGUCUGGGCCGGUCCAUGACCAAGUGGAUGGUCCACCAUGGGGCCACCAUCCACGUCAAGUCAUGCGACGUUGUCAAGGAAGCCAGCGUGAAGGCGGUCGUCGAGUGGGCCAAGGCAUUGCCUCCUAUUCAGGGCGUUGUUCACGCCGCCAUGGUACUCCGAGACGUCUUGUUUGAGAAGAUGACCUUUGAUGACUACAACCAAGUUGUCGAAGCGAAAUUGUCAGGCACCUGGAAUUUCCAUCGCGCUCUGACUGGUCAAAAACUCGACUUCUUCAUUGUCCUGUCCUCGGUGGCCGGCAUUGUCGGCAACAGGGGCCAGGCCGCCUAUGCCGCUGCAAACACUUUUCUGGAUGCAUUUGUUCAGCACAGGACAAAGCAGGGCCUUCCGGCGACGACGAUCGACCUAACAGCAGUCGAAGGAGUCGGGUAUUUAGCGGAGAACUCGGCGCGUCAGAGCCAGAUUCUUCAGACACUGGCUGGAAGCACCUUUGGAGAGACACAAGUCCUCGCCUUAGUGGAGGCCGGCAUCUGCGGACAAAUCUCUCAGUUCUCUAACAACCAAGUCAUUACGGGCUUGAACUUCAAUGGCACCUCGUUGCCCUUCUACGCCGAUGAUGCUAAGUUUGCUCAUCUCCGUGACGCCCUGCUCGCGGAGAACCAAAGUUCCGAAGGGGACGAGGGCUCGCAAUCCGCGUCCGCCCAGGAGGAGAUGACCCGGGCGGCUACGUACGAGCAGGCAGUUGAAGGUGCUACGAACAGAAUCCGGGAUAAGCUCUGCGCCAUCCUGAUGCUCCAACCGGGCGAUAUAGACUCGGGCAGCUCCGUCAAGUCUUACGGCUUGGACUCGUUAAACGCUAUUGAGCUUCGCAACUGGAUAGGAAAAGAGUACUUGGCACAUUUACAGGUCCUUGAGCUACUUACUGCGGGGACGAUUGGGGACCUUGCUGCGCUGGUCUUAAAGAAGACGAAGAUUAAGCACGCAGAGAAGGCGGCCUAG